AUGCAGUACUUGCAGUCGUCUGGGAAGGUGCUCACAAAGAAGAACAUCAACCAGAACUUGGUGGAGAUGCAGUAUGCAGUCCGUGGCCUCGUGCCCAUCACAGCUGAGCGCAUUCAGAAAGAGAUUCUUAACGGAGACACCUCGAAGCCGUUCAAGGAGGUUCUGUAUUGUAACAUUGGCAACCCUCAUUCUGUGGGACAAAAGCCGAUCACCUUCUACAGAGAGGUCCUUGCGCUGGUGGACUGCCCGAUGCUGCUUGAGAGGGAGGGAGUGGAGAAGUUGUUCAAGCCGGAUGUGAUCAAGAGGGCGAAGGAACUGAUCGGUCUGAUCAAGGGAGGAACUGGAGCCUACUCUCACAGCCAGGGCAUCGAAGGGAUCAGGAAGCAUGUAGCAGAGUUCAUCAAGGGAAGGGACGGGCAUCCUGCGCAGGUAGGAGAUAUCUUCCUCACCAACGGGGCAUCAAGUGGCAUUCAAAUGAUCCUCACCACGAUCAUAGCGGAACCCACAGACGCGAUUCUAGUGCCACUGCCCCAGUAUCCCAUCUACAGCGCGCUGAUCAAGCUGCUCAACGGGACGCAGGUAGGUUACAGCCUUGACGAGUCCAAGGGCUGGGCUCUCAACAUCGACGAGCUCAUGGAGAAGAUCCGCGAGGCGAGAGUGCAAGGAGCCAAACCCAAGGCCCUCGUGCUCAUCAACCCCGGCAACCCCGUCGGCAACUGCCUGAGCUACGACAAUCUUGUCGACCUGGUCAAGCUCUGCAAGGCUGAAGGCCUUGUGCUGCUUGCGGACGAGGUGUACCAGGAGAACAUCUAUGCUGAUCGCCCCUUCGUGUCGCUCAAGAAGGUCGUCCGGGACCUCGGGCCCGAGUUCUCCGGCUUUGAGUUCGUCUCCUUCCACUCGACAUCCAAGGGAAUAAUCGGGGAGUGCGGGAGGCGCGGGGGCUACAUGGAGUUGUGCGGUUUUGACCCGGAGGUUCAGGCUCAGAUCUACAAGCUCGCCUCCUCCGGACUCUGCUCCAACAUCGACGGGCAAGUGAUGGUCGACCUCAUGAUCCGUCCUCCCUUGCCUGGCGACGAGUCGUACGAGGACUUCACGAGGGAGAGGAGCGCAAUCUUCGACAGCUUGAAGAGGAAGAGCAUCUUCCUCCAUGAAAGUCUCAACGAGAUCGCUGGUGUCUCCUGCCAGCCACUCAAGGGCGCCAUGUACGCCUUCCCCAAGCUCGACCUGCCGCCCAAGGCCAUCGCAGCGGCUGAGGGCGCGAAGCAUGCUCCCGAUACCUUCUACGCUCUCUCGCUCCUCGAGAACACCGGCAUCUGCGCUGUCCCCGGCAGCGGCUUCGAUGGGCCCAACCACAUCCGACUGACCUUCCUGCCAGCAGAGGACAAGCUGAAGACAGCCAUGUCGCACUUCCGCAGACACCACGAGAUGUUUGUGAAGAAGUACAGCUGA